AAUUUAUCAACCACUUAGAUAGCUAACUCAUCAUCAACCCUAGUUUUUCAUUACUUGUGAACUUUUAUAUUGAUCCUUGGCAAUGGCGUCUGCUAUGACUGCGAGGGUUAUGGCUCUUGUAGCUUUGCUUGUUGCAAUCAAUGCCAUAGUGUGUGAAAGUAGAGUGGCAAGAAAGGACCUGGGGUUGGACCUUGGUGGGGUGGGAAUCGGGGUGGGUGCUGGGGUUGGAAUUGGCCUUGGUGGUGGCGGCUCUGGUGCAGGUGCAGGCUCGGGUUCUGGCUCCGGCUCUUCAUCUUAUUCAAGUUCUGGUUCUUCUUCUUCGUCAUCGGGAUCAGGCUCCGGAGCAGGUUCCGAAGCUGGUUCCUAUGCAGGGUCCCAUGCUGGCUCAGGGUCCUCCAGAGCUGGGUCAGAAGCAGGGUCUCGUGCUGGGUCAGGAUCAUACGGUGGUAACGGAAAGUAAAGCGAUGCAUGAGAGUGGUGAAAGGAAGAUGUUAGUGUCAUUGUUAGUUGGGUAGUAUAUUGUGAGUCAAAAAAUAAGCUCAUGUCUCCUUUGCAUGUGUCCAUCUUUUCUUUUUUGUUUUGUAUAUCUUCAAUAAAGUAACUAUGGCUAGUGCUUGUCCAAUCA